AUGAAAGGCCUUAUGCCUCUCGCGCUCUCCCCAUCUCUAUCCAGCACCUGCAGCUACUCGCCAGUGGAGGAGAACAUGGUCAGCAACAAGGUCGAUGGUUACUUCCCUGAAAUUCUUGCUAGGGAUCUAGAAAAGUCUAGUUUUGCCUUUGAAUCACGGAGCAUGACAGCAGGACGGCCUAUUCCAAGCCUUUCGAUCGAAAACACAGAUACCAAGCAAGUCUGGCCCUGUCAUCUUACCAGCUCGUCUCACCCUGCCGCUCCUAAGCCUGGGAAGUCUCUCAUCCCCAUUCAGGAACAGAAUUCGGCUGUGUCCUUCCAUCGUCCAUGGCACACAUCCAAGUUUAACGAGACGUCGAGCGAAGAUGAUUCGAUGACGGAAGAGUGCAUGGCAAAGGGCUCAGGAGAACGGCCUAUCAGCUUCAACGAUCAGUCCAUCGAGACAGCUGCAACAUCCCUUGGAUAUUCCAGUCGCUGUACCUCGCCCAAGGAAGAUCCCACUUGUGGACAUGAAUGCAGACAAAGCUGGAUCGAGGCCGAUUCCGACGACGAUGAGCCCGGGAUGCACAUUGACGCCUUGGAGGAGAACCUAGCACCGCUCUCGCCCCGGCCCCCUACACCACCGGAGUCGGAGAGCAGCAGAGGCUGCAGCACAGACAGCCAAGAGUUACACCAGCCCCUGCACCAGUCACCCAUAUACCGCAAGAAUAUGCACAGGAAGUCGCACUCUCAGCAGCCCCCUGGAAAUCCCUUGAGCUCGUCUCAAGGCCAUCGCAACAGUGAUGGUCCUCCUACUACUCCUCCACCUGACAGGCGUCGCCGUGCCUCGAGCCUGCACACGCCGACGACCUGGAAGACAUCGCACCGUAUCGACAUUUCUCACAACCGAGGUGACAGCCAAGGGUCAAAAUCGGUUGCUGCCCUAGGUCCCACCUACAUGGGCGAUACCGGCACGGCCACGGGCGAAGAGACAGUGCCGCCAGCGGGCGGGGGCCCGAAGACAAGAAACCGUGUCUUCAUUCGCCCGUCGCCUCCCCCAUCGCCGCUUCCUAGUGUCGAGUCGUGGCUCAACGGGGCGACGCUGCAGUACGCUGCGCAGUGCCCUGGCGAUGAAAUGGCCAAGGCAGUUCCCCUCCCCCCGGACGUGGUUGAGACGCUGCGUGUCUCUGUCGCAUGCUUUCCGGAGACGAUGCUUCUCUCCUCGAGCCUCACAAUCGAAACCAUCCGCAACUACUCCAAGAAGGUCAGGCAGCCCAACGCGGACCCUGCCAGCAACAGCAGCAGUAGCAGUGGCUCCAGCAGCGGCACCACUAUGGCAGCACCCGAGGCUCCGCCCGAUUCCCCGCGGCGAUCGCUCUGGAAACGAGUGUUACCUUACAAGAAGAGUCCAGCUCCAGGCCGACAUCGCGCGCUGCUCGCAGGUACCCACAGUGACAUCAAGGCGUCCAUCUCUGCACCGGUGGAGCCCUCGAAGCCCUGGAUCCCGCUCGGGAACAUCUUUGUCAAUUGCUCAGACUACAUCCUCGAUGCCCUCUGGGCACACAUCUUGGCCUAUAAUUACAUCUCGGCCCUUGUACCCCGCCCGCCCCCGCGCAGGACGUCAUGCCGAGAUCAGGCUGACGACAAUAACGAUGAGAUACCCAAAAAGGCUGCGUCACUCCUCGGUCUGGCCAUAUCUACGGACACUUUCCAGCAGAAUCAGCAGGAUGGUGACCGAACGAGCGGUAGCAAGCUUCUGUCACCGAUGCCGUGGGGUCUUGUCGGGGACGGCAUGGUAGCAGAUGAAUCUCCUAGGGCAGCCAACCAUGAGAACACGGCAAAGGACAUACAGGCUGGUCUCAUGCGUUGCAUAAUACGACUCAUCGCCACGGCCAAGCUGAUGACUGAAGAUGGAAGCGGCCAGAGACGCGUAGUUGAGAUGGAGGCACGUGGGGUCGACGUCCUCUUUACCCGGAGCCUGUGUGAGAUUGUCAGGGUGGCUGAAGAAUCUGUUUGA